AUGUUUCUGUGCUGUAGUUCGAGCGAUUUCGAUUCCGAGGAUGAGCGGAAUUAUUCUCCGCGUUCUGUAUCCACCGGGACGGGGACCAAGUUGGCGAUCGUAAGUUCCCGUCACUGUGAAGCUCAACUUGCAGCUUCACCGGUUGCUGCUGGUGCUGACUAGAAUCCCAUCGCAGUCCGCUCCUACAGAUUUCCGCCGCGAAGAGAUCAACAUUCCCGGAAUGUCUCCAGAACAGUACGUCCUCCACAAACGAAACGGAAAACGGAACACCCGAACUGACUUCCUUCCAACAGAGAACGUUUCGUCCGCGAAAAAGCCCUAGCGGACGCAAAGAGAAUGUUCCAAAACCUCCAACCUCUCCGCUCCUCUCCCUCAGAAACCUUCGUCGAACGUCCAGCCACUGCAAGGGGAAUGUCACAACCCAACCCACAUCCACCAACUUCUCCUCCACCCCCAGUAACAUACGAACAAUUCACCACUCCACGAGCAGCACCGCCGAGACCAAAUUCGUAUGGACAGAGAUUGGCGGCUCACACGAGAAAGAUCAGUGAUCAAUUUCGGAAGCCAAGUGGGGAUCGAACGGCAUACACCUCUGGUGCAGGUUUCAGGGGAAGGCCUCUGAGCAGGGAAGGCGAUAGUGCGGUGGAGAUGAGGGCCCUGGUGGAUGGUGCUGGUGUUGCGGGAGGUGCAAGGUCGCCCCCAAUGGAUGUCAAUAGUGGUAUGAGCCCGCCCCUGGGGAAGAUGAGUGCAGAAUCAGAUGGGACUUGGGGAAGCGAAUUGGACAGUGCCAAGGGAGGAAUCGACCUGCGGGCGUGA